GGUUGUUAAUUGGUACCAUACGCUGGAACAUUCCAGCCCAGGCUGGAAACUUAGUAGUUCAAAUUGGUUUUGAACAAAAUACUCCAGAGCAACCCGGUUUAAGGUUGGAAGCGACCUGGAGUAAAACCUGGGUUGCUCCAUAUGGAGUGACCUGGA